UCGCUUAAACCAUCCACAAAAACCAAAUCUCUUUUUUUCCUUUGUCUCUGAAGAGAGAAAGAGAGAGAGAGAGAGAGUAGAAAAUAGAAAAGAAAAGAGAAAAACUCCACACUCUUUUCACUCUCUAUUUAUUAAAGCCAAAGGUAUUGGGAAUUCGAAACAUAAACAGAAUACUUCUCUCUGCAUUCAUUCAUGGCUUCCUUCCUCUGUUCCACCAAAUUCUUCCUUCUCCUCAUUCUCCUCUCCGCAGUCCCCAUAGCUUACAUUAUUCACUCCGAGACGUCGCCGCCUCCCACUCACCUCUACCAGUACCACGCCCAUGGAUGGCUCCGGGAGUGCACCAAGUGGGACGAUCUCAACCGUCGCUUCAUCGUCUCUUUCUUCGAGGGCGGCUUCGGGGUGAUCCCUGUCAAGGAAGACCAACCUACUGGCCUCGUCUUGGAGGAGAUUCCCGUGGUCAACGCUGCCUUCGGGAAGAAUUCCUCGCUCGGUUUGGUCGUUGACCGCCCUAGGAAUCGCAUGGUCUUGGUCAUCGCCGAUGUGAUGGGAAACAAGUACAGCGCGGUGGCCGCUUAUGAUUUGACUACGUGGGAUCAGCUUUUCCUCACCCAGCUCAGCGGACCAGAGGAUGAAAAAGCAUUUGCCGAUGAUGUAGCUGUUGAUCCAGAGGGCAAUUCAUACAUAACAGACACCAAGGCAAACAAGAUUUGGAAGGUUGGAGUGAAUGGAGAACUCCUGUACACCAUUAAAAGCCCCCUCUUUGUUCCAAAAGAGUGGUACUAUAACUUGGUUGGACUCAACGGAAUUGUCUACCAUCCAAAUGGAUACUUACUCGUCGUUCAUACUCUGUCUGGCAAUCUGUUCAAGGUUGAAAUAGGAAAGGCAGAUGAAGUCAAGGUGGUGAAGAUAAUCGGGGGUUCUUUGAUUUUUGGAGAUGGAUUGGAGCUGUUGUCGCCCACGAAGCUUGUGGUUGCUGGAAACCCUUCAAGAUUAGUCGAAAGCUCUGACGAUUGGGAGACUGCUAGUGUUGUUGGCAAGUUCACCGGUGCCACUCACCGGAUAGUCACUGCAGCAUCAGUGAAGGAUGGCAAGGUGUAUCUAAACCACUUGGUUGGUUUGGGGUACCCCAAGAGAAAACAUGUGCUUAUUGAGGCUGUUUUCUCUUCGUAAAAUGAGGUAUUGAAUGUGAUGGUUAAUAGGGUCAAUUUGCUCAACUUUUUGUUAACAGGUAAUUAUGUUGUUUAUGGGCUUGGUUCUUUGCCUUCUCUGAGUAAUGCAUAAAAUAUGUAUGUGAAUUAAGACGGCUACAUUUUUCACAUGCUUCCGGACUUUUUAUCAUACAGUUACUGUAUUUUGUUUAGCACUAAA